AGGGUGCGCCGGGCGGGAAGCGGCGGCAGAUGGCGCAGCUAGCCGGGAAGCACAACGGGCGCGGCGGCCGCAGCGGGUGCUCCGCCCUAGGGCAGAGCUGGAGAUGUGUGGUGAUUGCGAAAGGGCAGACCCGAGAAGUCCCGGGCUUGGGGUGCAGGGAGCCGCCCGCUGAAAGCUCUUCCGUUGCCCUCGGUUCCCGCGGCUUCCCCAGGAGCCCGGCCCCGCCCAACUCUUACCCGGGCUCAUCGCCGCGGCUCAGGGUCUCUCUCGCAACCGCCACCGCACGCACCCGCUCCGCCGCCCCGCGCCGGGCAUCCUGUUGCCGGCGCAUCUCUCAGAGCAGUGUCAGCGUUUGAGGGUUUAUUCGGCCUAGGACCAAUAUUGUGAAAGGACUUGUUUGCUGCGAUGAAAAGAAGACUCCUAUUUUCCAGUAAUGAACUUUACUUACAAAUGUGUUAAAAUAUGCUCAUUAAAGCCGUCGGAAGCGACGGUGGUCUUCA